UGUUUGUUUUCUAAUGACAUUUAUCAAUUAUACUGGGUAAUGCCUUUUUAAAAAGCGACUUGUACGAAGUCGUCAGCGAAAAUUUCUUUUUUUAUUGAGAUUGACUCAAAAGUGAGUGUGGACUAACAUAACAAUAAAAACAUGUCACGUUUCUUUGCUACCGGUUCUGAUUCGGAAUCCGAUUCUGAAAAUGAGGAGGUUCAGGCACCAAUCUACAGCAAAACCUCUGCCUAUCAAUUCAGUGAUGAUGAGGAAGAGGUAAAACGUGUAGUACGUUCCACCAAAGAAAAACGCUAUGAAAAUCUUACAGCGCUUAUCAAGAAUAUUCGCAACCACAAGAAAAUUAAGGAUAUGUCAAGUAUUUUAACUAGUUUUGAGGACCUGACGCGAGCUUAUCAAAAGGCUUUGCCGGUUAUAUCCAAGGAGGAAAACGGCAUUACUCCUCGUUUCUAUGUACGUUGUUUGGUCGAGUUGGAGGAUUUCAUUAAUGAAGUAUGGGAAGAUAGAGAGGGACGUAAGAAUCUUUCAAAGAAUAACUCCAAAUCCUUAGGUACAUUGCGCCAGAAAGUGCGUAAAUAUAUUAAGGACUUUGAGGAUGAUUUGGUGCGUUUCCGUGAGAACCCCGACCAAGAAAGUGAGGCUGAAGAUGAAGAAGCAGCUUACGAUUCGGACAAUGAGAAACCCCAUGUAGCUGAAGUCCGUGAUCCAAAACAAGCUAGCGAACAAAAAUCCGCUAAAUCUGCUCCUGCUAAAACAUUGGAACAAGAUCAAGAUGAUUCAGAUGAUUCCAUUGAUUGGGAUUCAGAUACUGAAUCCGAAACUGAAUCCUCGGAUGAUGACAAUCAAUAUGUUAACAUUCGCGAUCGUUUCUUGAAGAAGCCCUCUGGUAAAGAAGAAAAAGAAGAUCGUGAGGAGCGCAAGAAGGAGAAGCGCACCAAGGAACCCAAGGCUCGCAGAAAGCAAGAGGAAGCCGAUGAAGAGGGAGAAUGGGAAAUUGUUGUUAAAGGCCCAGUUGUUGAAAAACCCAAAAUGUUCGAGAAGGAUGCUGAAAUCGAUGUUCCUCUGGUGUUAGCCAAAUUGAGUGAAAUCAUGUCGGCUCGUGGUAAGAAACGUACCGAUCGUCGUAUGCAAAUCGACAUGUUAUUUGAAUUACGCGACAUUGCUGAGCAACAUAACCUCGGUGUAGCUGUGGCUGUUAAAAUCCAUUUCAACAUCAUUUCCGCCAUCUACGAUUACAAUCAAAAGAUUUCGGAACCCAUGAAGUUGGAACACUGGACUAAAUUACUUGAUGUUAUGCAAAGCAUGAUGAAAUUGUUGUUGGCCAAUGAUAACAUUACCAUGAGUGAAAGUGUUGCGGAAGAAAAUGAGGAAUUCAUCACCCCCACUUAUUUGAUUCGUGGUUGUCCUUUGGCCGCCGUUGAACGUUUGGAUGAUGAGUUUACCAAAUUGCUCAAAGAAUGUGAUCCUCAUUCCAACGACUAUGUCUUGCGUCUUAAGGAUGAAGUGAAUGUUACCAAAAUCAUUGAGAGUGUUUUGCAAUAUUUCGAAAAGAUCGGCAACAAUAACGAACGUUGCCGUAUCUACUUGCGUAAGAUUGAACAUCUUUACUAUAAAUUCGACCCUGAGGUUUUGAAACGCAAACGCGGUGAAAUUCCUGCCACCACCACUACCACUGUUGAGGUUAUGGAUCGUUUGUGCAAAUUCAUCUAUGCCAAGGAUGACACCGAUCGUAUUCGUACCCGCGCCAUCUUGGCUCAUAUCUAUCAUCAUGCCUUGCAUGAUAACUGGUUCCAAGCUCGUGAUUUGGUGCUCAUGUCUCACUUGCAAGACACCAUCGAUGUUGCUGAUCCUUCCACCAAGAUCCUUUAUAACCGCAUGAUGGCCAAUUUGGGUUUGUGUGCCUUCCGUCAAGAGAACAUUAAGGAUGCCCAUCACUGUUUGGUUGAUUUAAUGGUAACCGGUAAGCCCAAAGAACUAUUGGCCCAAGGUCUUUUGCCCCAGCGUCAACAUGAACGUUCUGCUGAACAAGAGAAGAUUGAAAAGCAACGUCAAAUGCCUUUCCACAUGCACAUUAACUUGGAAUUGCUAGAAUGUGUCUAUUUGGUAUCCGCCAUGCUCAUUGAAAUUCCUUACAUUGCUGCCCAUGAAUUCGAUGCCCGUCGUCGCAUGAUCAGUAAGACUUUCUAUCAACAAUUGCGUUCUUCCGAACGUCAAUCGCUUGUAGGUCCCCCUGAAUCAAUGAGAGAACAUGUUGUUGCUGCCGCUAAGGCCAUGCGUUGCGGCAACUGGCAAGCCUGUGUUAAUUUUAUUGUCAACAAGAAGAUGAACACUAAAGUCUGGGAUUUGUUCUACGAAGCUGAUCGUGUACGUGAAAUGUUGGUGAAAUUCAUCAAGGAAGAGUCAUUGCGCACUUAUCUCUUCACCUACUCAAAUGUGUACACUUCAUUGAGUAUUCCCUCCUUGGCACAAAUGUACGAUUUGCCGGUCCAAAAGGUACACUCCCUCAUCAGCAAGAUGAUUAUUAACGAAGAGUUGAUGGCCAGUUUGGAUGAUCCCACUGAGACCGUAGUUAUGCAUCGUUCUGAACCUUCACGUCUACAGGCACUCGCCAUGCAAUUCGUCGAUAAAGUCACCAAUUUGGUGGAUGUUAAUGAAAAGAUAUUCGAUAUGAAGCAAGGUAACUUCUUCCAACGCGGUAACAUGAACAUACGUAAUCGUGGCUACAAUCCCAAUCAAAACAACCAAGGCGGUGGCAACUGGGGUGGUCAACGUCGUGAUAAUCGCAACCAGCGCAAUCGCAAUCAACGUAACCAACACCAUCAUCACAAAAACCAACAGCAGCAACAACAUCAGCAGCAACAGCAACAACAAAACCAACACCACGAGCAACAAGUUCAACAACAAGUCAUUGCCGAAGAGUAGACUCCUAGUCUACUCUUAGGGGAGCGCAACGCAGCAACCACAAAGACAAUUUUAUUUCAUCUUAAUACCUCAACUUUAUAAGUCUCAAAUUGCAGAGAUUUUAUGAAUAUGUCAUUACAACGCAACAGCAACAACAAUAUUUUCCCCAAUUGGCGAUUUGCUCCCGGUCUCAGUGGACCACCACCGAGUACAACAUUGGGACCGGGAGAGUAACAACAGAAUAAAGGUUUCAUUUUUAAAUUUUGUGCAUAAAUCGAGGACUAAAAUUCCUUCUAUUUUAAAUUCGAAGGUUGUUAAGAGUUGCUUUGUUGUUCAAAGUAUGUGUAAGUGCGCGUGUUUCUCCUUAAUGGUAAUAUAAAUGUAAAGUAUAGAGAGAUCGAGAAAAUAAACCCCUUUUUUGUAAUACGUCAUACAACAAGUAUAAAAUAAUAUUAAUAAUAAACAAAAAAAGAAAAACUAAAUAACAAUAAAAAACAAACUACAAAAAACCGUAAAAAAAGAAAAACCAAA